AGAACCAUCAGAGAAGUUGAAGCAGAUGUACUGUGAUUAUGAAGAUUUCAUAAAGAAUUGCAACGGAUUUUGCUCAACCGAUGACGGUUAUUGCGGUUGCUUGGAAUAUGCCGCCAAGGAUAUAAUUCGCGCAAACACGAUACUGAGACGCAAGGAGUGGAUGGAUGCUGAAUUGAGAUGUUAUAAGGAGAUUGAUUUUCACGACCCUGAUCUCUUGUUGUGUCCCGAAGCUAAGGAUGAGUAUCAUUAUGCCGCAAGAAACAUUUCGGUUCCAAAAAGGGCCGCGGUAUUGUAUAUUGCACGUGCCGAAUCAUUCAUGCAAAAGUUGCGUAAUGAAGUCAAGACAUUUGCACCAGAAUUAAUAACCUCCGAAGCGCGAGAAUGGUACAGGCGUUGCCUCGGAACCAUUUCGGAUUUCUUCGAUCCACCGAGACGUCCGUGUUCUUGGACCGCUCUCGCCACCAAUUGUUUUUAUUAUGAAGUCAACUGCAACCCUGCCAAUAGGCCCAGCAUCGAAUAUACGAUUGAGAAAAUUAAAGAGUGCGAGCGAAUCAGGUUAAAACGACUGGGAGAAGCUGAUCGUGCCGCGAGAGAAGCAAAACUGAGCCUAACGUUUUGGAAUAAGGCAAUGGUUAAACGACCGGUGGAUGGUGUGUCGUUCCAAACUCGGGUGAGAUGGAUAGCCACAAAUGGAUGGUUUUCAUUGAAUCAAUUAGCUCAGGCUUGGGUUUACGACGAAGACCGUGCUCCGUUGAGUCAUCUUGAACCUUACAUCAAGGAAAGGGUUAAGCAGAUGGAAAAAGAUAAACGAAAGGAAGAUAUUUCUUUAAGAAUCAAGGAUGAUCCGGAAUACCAAGCGAUAUUUAGGGAAAUUGAUGAGGAUGCCGAUUUCUUUUUACGUUCGACCUAUGAAAUCACAACCAUUUAUAAGGUUUCGAAUUUAUAUAAGGCUCACGUUGAGGAUGUUAAGUCCGGUAUUGAUCCCGCAAAGGUCGUUCGGCAAGUCAUUGGUCUCAUCAGGGAUGUUAAGACCGGCGUGAUAAGCAAAAGUAGCUUGUUCGUUGCAGAUC